GCUCACUUCGACUUCACCACAGGAUAAUUAUAGGCAACGAACCCGUUGAUUAAUCGUUGAUUAAGCGUCCCCGGCCAGCGCUUGAAGUGCAAACAAGAUAAAUGCCACUUUUCAAAACACAUACAAACCAGCUGCUCCAGCAUCCGAUGGAGGAAUACGCGGUCAUAUAUGUGUCGCUAACAGUCUAUUCGGGCAGUCAAACUGUUACAAUUGUGGAGUUUUCCACAUGAGAUGUUUAUUGACGGUGCCUUUCGCUUUUUAAAGGGUGCAAUGCAAUCGGGACAAUCGGUGCAAUUAAGACAAUAAUCUCUGGAGCAGGACUUUAAGUUGUUUAUUUGAUAUUUUGUACUGGAGUCUAUUGAAUAACUGGCUGACGUGGGGAUCACGCAGAGGGGCUGGACGAGAAACGAGAGACACGGGCGGGCAAGAGGGCUGCGCCGCCGAGCGCCUGGGAUUACAGUAAACACACUUUGUUUCUUCAAUAUCUUCUUAUCCCAAUACGCUUUAAUGUGAUAAUGCAAUCGCUUUUGUACUAUAAAGCGCGAAGGAAACGCCGGGAUCGCUGUUGUUCUUGUAGAGGUUUUGAGACGCACAGACUGACCGCUGCCUACAAGUUAAUGGAUGUUUACGUCAGUGAAUGAUAUGCAAAUUUGCUAAGUUUUUAAAGUUUACAGUACGACACUUUGAUGUAUGGAUUUCGCAUUUUAAUAUCAGAUCCAUUUGAUGUUGCAUAUUGAAAGUGCUGCUUAAAAUGGUUGAGAAUAGAUGCUUUGUUCAGAGAGAGGAGGUUUACCGCUGGUUCUCUGUGCUGAGUUCGGCGCAGAGGGCUGAGUUCCUCUGUGGCCUUUUGGACCUUUGUGUGCCCGUUGAGCUGCGCUUCCUCGGUUCCUGCUUGGAGGACCUGGCCCGAAAAGACUACCACUCACUAAGGGAUGCUGAAAUCAAAGCCAACAACCCGGCCGACCUCGCCAACCUGACCAACAUAACGGAUGAGGUCGUGAGGAGCAAGCUGCUCGUCUCCCUCGCGCUCCUCACCUCAGACAACCGUGUGGCGGCGGGAGUUUUGUUUCGGACACUCACCCAUAUCGACAGUAUUAUAAACAACUACGGGCUUCAGCUUAACGACGGCCAGACGGGAGAGCAGUUCUUGCUCCUCUUCACCAUGGCCUCCAACCACCCGGCCUUCAGUUUUCAUCAAAAGCAGGUGCUGAGGCAGGAGUUGAGGCAGAUCCAGGAGAUCCUACAGGUGACCGUUGGUGAAGCGCCGUCGACGUCACACGGGGGCGGGGCCAGCGCGGGCGCGCUCUCAAAGGACAGCGCGAGCCCGACCUUCCCUUCCUACACCACCGCGCCCACCUUCAACUCCUGCCAGACCGGAUGUCCGUGCUGCACCAAGACCGUGCGACAAGAGGUCACGGGAGGUCAGACGGAUGAAGGCUUAGGUCCUGAGAUCAUGCCCCCAAGUCCAUCACUCUCGUGCCAAGAGAUGCCACUCAAAGUGCACAUUGGAAAACCGAACAAAGUGUAUGUUGAAAGAAUUGAGCUGAGAGGAGUCACACCCAAAACAGACAAACCAACAGAAUACAUCCUAGAGGCCUUGUGGUCAGACUCCACCUUGUCUGCAGUCAGCAAAACCUCUCAGGAAGUGACAGAGUUCAUCUCCCAGCUUUCUCAACUCUUUCCUGACGAGUGUCUGGAGAAACUUCUGCCUCAGAUGCCUGGACUUGACUCCACUCAUGAGCUAGAUCCUCUAUGCAUGACAUCGCUUCCACCUCAAGUCCUGAAACACGACAAAGUCCGUUUCUUCUUCAGCACUUCUUCCACACCUCAACUCCCCACUGGCACAAAUCUUGGCUGUCUGCUUCAAUAUAGGGGAGCUAACAGGCACAUCUGUGGUGUUGCCAGCAUCCAGCCUGUCCUAAACCUCCAUGCCCCCCUCCCUCAGAGCUCUCUCACCCACCUCCCCCCUCUCCCCCCUCAGACAGCGGUAGCCAUCCUCCCCAACAGUGCUCUACCCAUGGGGGAGGGUAUUCCUCCACAGUCACACCCCCUAAACCCCGGAACCCAACCUCAACCCCAAUCCCAAUCCCAGCAGUCCCAGCCCAGCCCUGAGCAGAACGGCAUCCUGGAUUGGCUUCGUAAACUCCGACUGCAUAAAUAUUACCCUGUCUUCAAACAGUUGACCAUGGAGGAGUUCCUCGCUCUCACAGAGGAGGAUCUCAACAAGUAUGACCUCACUCAGGGGGCCAAGAAGAAACUAAAGACUCAGCUGGAGCUUCAGAAAGAGAAGCUGGAGAAGAGAUAUGUGGUGUCUCAGUUUCCUGUUCUCUGUGGUGGGGUGGCCAGAGUGACGCCUUCCAGCCAUAUCGUACCACUGACGCACACCCACACCGGCAUCAGCGGCACUGAGCUACGAAUAGAUGUAGAGAACAGCUCGUUGCCCAUUCCACGGGACAGCAGUUCCUCCUCUGGAUAUUCCAGCGCUCCUUCUAGUCCGAUGACCCCUUUAUCACGUGAUGCUUCCUUUGACCGGGUCAAAGACCCCCACCGACGAGUAGAAUCUGUUUCGGAUCCUGGAGAGAAAGAACGGUCGUGUUUUCUCCUUAAUCCAGCAGUAUCCGGUCCCAGCCGUCCUACUGCCCAAGUCCUCCCAGUCCAGAAUGAUCCCACCCACAUGAGUUUACCCUCUCUCUCCCUGCCCCUCCUCUCCCCAGAACGUGUCCUCAACUCCCCCCGCAAACCCCGCCCACCCCCUCUCUGUUCAGAAGAACGUCCCAAACCAAUGGGUUCUGGAGUUGCCGUGGGUGUCCGACUUGAGAACAUUUUCCCUGGACUAAGUCUUGACAGUUCACCUGGGCACCAGGAUGUUUCUGGACCUCGGGGGCCCCUCACAGUGCUUCGUUCCCCUCUUGGUCUGAUGGUGGAGACCAGCACUGCUCUCACCUCCACAUCCAACACCCAUCAUCUUGUCUCUCACCCUCCUUUACACCUACAAGUGUCUUCCUCCGUUCCACUCUCUGGAUCUUACCCAUUCUCCACCCCUUUGUCCUGCCCUUCAUCAAGUUCCUCCUCCAGGCCCUCCUUCUCACCUGUCAUUGGAGUACCCAUAGCGACAGCCGGCAGCAUUCCAAUGGCGGCGGUACCUGGUAACACCUACUGUGUAAACAGUACACCUGCAGUCACGCCCAGUUCUAGUCCAGGAUCCACAGAAAAUACUGGCUACACUUCACAAGCAAACAGCUCUAACUCUAGUUCCUCAUUGUGUGUUUGUAGUUCUUGUGGUUGUAGCGGUAACUGUGGCUCCUACGGGGCACUUCCGGCUAGUUACGCCGGUUACUUUCCACACCCCUUUUCUGGUACGUCGGUAUUCACGUUAGGACCUUUGCUACAUUUCAGCCCACUGCUUACAGGAAGUGGUACCGCCUCCCCUUUCUCAUACCCUCUGGUGGCCCCACCCAUCUACAACCAGCCUACCACUGACUCACAACAGAACCUUGUGUGUCCACCAGUGCAGAGUUUCUCAGGGGGAGGUGUGUACCAGCCACAUGCAGUGAUGGGACAUAUAAGCUCUGGGCAUAAGAAAACAGGGAAUGUGUCCUGCUAUAACUGUGGGUUGAGUGGACAUCGUGCACAAGACUGCAAGCAGCCAGCAAUGGACUCUGCACAGCAAGGGACAUUUCGUCUGAAAUAUUCUUCGCAGUCAGACAGCCAGGACUCUGGGGACUAAAUGUUGUGUAAGAACUGGUUUGGAUCUGCACUGUCCUCAGUGUGUAAAUACACUACCAUGCAAGACCUCACUGAGUAAAGACAUUAAAGAAUCUUUUUGCAGGAGGAUUAAGUGAUCGAGUUUGAUCAGUCAUGGCUUCUAGUGAAACCCUUGUGCCACAGAAUAGAUGCUUGAUCUUGCAUGGCACCAUGGAUCUUUGUAAAGGGAUGUUUGGAGAAGUAUGCAAACAUUCUUCUAUUUGUGUUCUUCAGUUCUCUUUACACUGUUAAAGUCACACUUCAAACUUGCCUGUGCAAGUCACAGUGGAGCAGCCAGUAGUGUAUCAGUCAACAUUUGCUUCACAUGUCAUUCUUGGAAGCAAAACAAGAAGGGGUUUACCAACCAAUCAUGCCCCCCAAAUAAUGUGCAAUGAUGGCAGUGUUUUUGCUCAUGGUAUGUCUAUGAGUCAGCUUUUGAGAAUAGGAUACUGGCAUUUUCUUUAUGGAGAUUAUUGAGAAAGGAAGGAAAAACUGACAUCUCUUUGUCUUGUGGCAUCAACUUGACAUUUUAAAACUUUGUGUAGGAAAGUGGAAAUGCCUCCACUUUUCACUAUCUGAAGAGGUCACGCUUUGCUAUUUUGACUACCAAUAGAAACAUUUGCCAGGAAGGCCUCUUAAGCGUCAUAUGUGUUAUAUGUUUGUGACCGUUUUUUGUUGAAAUAAUGGUAUAUUUUUUUAAUGUUCUAGUUUUUGGAAUAUUUGCUGUAUUAUUUUUUUAUAUAAUCUCUUUGCUCAUAAAUGAUAAAUAAGUGCCAUGUCACCAUGGUGCUCAGCUAGAAGAUGUGUAUAAAUUCAAUACACUUGAGCCGGCUAAAGUCAAGCCCUAUGUUUACCAUUAUUAAACUAAAACAAAAAAGAAGAAACAAUAGAGCGCAACAGUACCCGCCCACUUUUUCAGGCAUCUGGGUUCUGGAAUUAUUGUCAUUUCUUCCAUAGACUUUUGAUAAAAUCCUUCAUAAAAGAGUUGUAAGCCAUGAACAAAACCAACCAGCGCAGUUGCCCGAGGCUGAUUGGUGGAUCUUUCUCUGCUGUACCAUGGGUAAUGUAGUUGUUUACCAUUAAUUUUUAAACAAUGAAGUUGAAAUAAUGCAGAUGGAUGGCUUCAAUGGAAGCACAUACCAUUAAUGAACAACCUCGUAGCUCACAGUAGGUCUGUCUUUAAAGGUUUAUAGGUUAUCAUUGAAAAUCAAUUCUAUGGGAUAAAUGAAUGGGAUUUUUACUUCUGGAACCAGACUGUUGCGCUCUAUUGCUUAAAUUGUCUGAAGAUGUAUGUAAUUCUAGUUCUGAUGGGAACUGAACAUGUGAAAGGAAACAAAUAAUUUUGUCACACUAAAAAGUUAAAAACGAUGGGUUUACCCAUGUUAUGUUAUGGUUUUCCAUACUGUUUAAAAUAAAAAAUAAAAAAUUAAAUCUCCCACCUUAAACAUAAGACCCAAGAGGUUAAAUUCCAUUUUGUCAUUCAAUGGAAAAUUAAAAGCAAAAAGUAAUAUUUAUGAUCCAAGUGUUUGUUCAGCGUAUAGCUGCCUCUUACAGAAUGUUUCUGUACUUUUUAAUUACAAAGAUCUUACAAUCGUUGUCAAUGCAUGCCGCUUUAUAAAUUACUACAUGCUGUAUGUAUUCUCAUGUCUAGUAUAAUUGCAAGAAGUCUUUUGACUUAAAACGACAGUGCUGACGCUGCCAUUUUGUAUUCAAAGGUGAAUGUUUAAUGUUUGAAUGAUAAAAUUGUUUUGUAUAAUGUAUCAAUUUGACACUUUUUAAAGUAAAUUUGUUUUGAGAAUUUCCUGUGAAUGCAAUUUGUUUGGUUGCCAUGACUAGGUAGAACAGUUUGAACAGUGAAUAAUCAUGAGACACUGUACAUUGCAAUUUUCUUUUCGUAUACCUAACAGAUAACAUGGCAAUAUAAUUUAAAAUAACUGUCCAGCUAUUCAACACCAGCAACACAAAUUCAAUUUAAACUUUAAAUUAUUUCUGUGGCACCAAAGUAAAUUGCAAAAAUAACGAUUCUAAACAGGUUUCCCAAACACUCCCCUUGUCUUGCAGGUAGACCCACUUCAAACUCAUGCCAUUGGUUGAGAGCAGCCACCAAGCUUUCUUGUUGGCUCACACACAAACUGCAGUCAGAUUCAUUUUUGCUGAUUACAAACCAUUUUACAAAGAUUGUGACCUAUUUUGAAUCUUUCGUGACCAACAGCUAUUUCAUCUAUAUCUGUCAGGUUAUAGGAAAAUUUAAUGCAAGAUAUUCGAUUAGAGUAGCUUUAACAUUUCUUAAAGUUUUAAGGCAUUCAAAGAAACGGCAAGACAGAACGCAUAUUCCUCUUUUAUUUUUAAAAUACCAACAUUAUUAGAAGUGUGAUAUUGCUGUAAAUCUGACAUCUGAGAGCAGGAGAAAUGCAGAAAUGAGUUUGAUAAUGAGUUGAUAAUUUUAGUUAAACCCUUAUUCAAAGUCACUUUUGUAAAUUGCACAAUAAAAUCACAUAAGAUUUAUUUUUUACAUGAAAAACACACACACACACACACACACACACAAAAAACAUCUCU